AUGUUUUCAGCUGAUGUUGCAAAUAUUAAUGUCAACUUAAGUUCAGUCCCAGUCCUUAAUGGCUCUAACUUUAAGGAUUGGAAGGAGAACAUUCAAAUAAUUCACGGUUUCAUGGACAUGAAUCUUGCGAUACGAACAGAGCAACCCACUACUCCUAUGGUUAUUAUCUCUACUGAAGAGAAGGAUAAAUUUGAGAGAUGGGAACGCUCUAUCCGCAUGAGUCUUAUGAUCAUAAAGCGUGCAAUUCUGGAGGUGUUCAGGGGUGUUGUGUCUGAAGACACCACCAAUUCUAAAGAUUACCUUGCAGAAAUUGAAAAGCGCUUUAUUAAAAGCGAUAAGGCUGAAACAAGCACUAUUCUUAAGAGCUUGAUUUCAAUGAAGUAUAAGGGAAAUGGUAAUAUAAGAGAGUACAUCAUACAGAUAUUUAAUCUUACAUCAAAACUUAAGGCACUAAAGCUUUAUUUGCAUGAGGAUUUACUUGUGCAUUUCAUUCUGAUUUCUUUUCCGAUUCAAUUCAACCACUUUAAAGUCAGUUUUAACUGUCAGAAAGAAACAUGGAACUUAAAUGAACUAAUUUCUCAUUGUGUUCAAGAGGAAGAGAGACUAAAGCAAGAAAGGACAAAAUGUGCUCAUCUGGAAAGCACCUCUAGGGAUAAGGGCAAGAAAAGGAAGAAUGUUGAUGCUGCUCAAGGUCCAAAUGCAAAGAAAAAUGUUAACAAUGACUGUUUCUUUUGCAAUAAGGCUGCACAUCUAAAGAAGGAUUGUACUAAAUAUCGUGCAUGA